AUGGCACAAGGCAUCGUCAAAAAGCCCUCUGCAAAGCCCACUUCUUCCUCAUCCAGCGGCAUUACCAAGAAGGGUACGCGCUCGAUCACGCCCAAGAAAGCCAGACUCCUCAAGCAGAACAAAAUCAACAAAAAAUACACCGCAGGCUUGACUGCAAGGACCGAAGCCAUGCUAGGGCAACGUGCGGGCCACCUGGAGCUGCUGGGCCAAGGCAGGAAGAAGGGCCCCAGUGCGGCGGCGGAUAAGUCUAAAGCCCAGGGGGCUGCUGGUGUGGCGAAGAAGAACAAGAGUGGUGCGAAGAAGUCGUGA